AUGUUGCUUCGGAUUCAAGCCGUUGUUCUGAACAAUCGCCAGAGAAUUCUUGAGGCGUAUAUCGAUGCAGGCGUUAACCCCGAUAUUGUAUCAGCAGGACACGGAAUGGGGUCACUACUAUUUAUAGCCGCUAUAUCUAAUUAUUCUGAUAUGGUUGAAUUUCUAUUCCAGAAGGGGGCCGAACCCCGGCGAAGGCCGGAGCUCCCGUCAGAAUGGUCUAUGUUGGAUGAGGUGGGGCUAUAUAUCCACGCGGAGAAGCCGGUAGAUAAUUGGGGAAAAACGAUGUUAUCAUUCCUUCAACUCGGUGUCAUUUUUUCAGAACUGAUAGUGGCUCGGCAACUAUGUGGCAUUCCAAACGCCCCACAUUUUCUUGAGGUUGCACUCAGGAAUGGCCUGGAUAUCCAUCGCACAUGGAGAGGCAUAUCUUUGCUCCACAUUGCUGCUGGAAGUGACAAUCGUCAACUGUUGAAGACUAUACUCUCCCAUGCACCAGAACAAUUACACGCCCAAGCAAUUCUUGAUUCGACGAGAUACCCCAUCAGACACCAACCGGCCCUAGACGUAGCAAUUUCUAGUGGUAUCACGAUGAAUGUUGGGUACUUACUCGACGUGGGAAGCAAGCCAACCUUUUAUUCCCUAGAAGACGCAAUCCAAAUAUGCAAAACGGGACGCGGCGGGGAUAGAGUGGAAUUUCCAUACGAAAGUCCAGGAUGGAGAGCAUGGAAGCUUCUAUGGGUUGGUUAUGUGCAGAGAAUGGCAAGCAAGCUUGAUCUUGACAGCGUGGAGGCCGCUUCGACUCUUGAGAAGAUUUUGCGUGAUGAGGCGUGGUCUGAUGGAAGUUUAUAUCUGCCUGCUUUAUUCCGGAAGAUGAGUCGGCGUAGCCGGUUGCUCUAUGCGCGCAGGCUUGAUUUCAGGAGAUAUGAAGUGAGAUUAACUGUAGCGAGAAUAAAACUUCAGGAGCUGGAGGACAACCUUGACCGGUUGAAGCCUAGUUGGUGGCAGGCUUUGGAUCGAAGAGUAUCCAGAGAUAGGUCUAUCAACCUUAAGAUCAUCCAGGAACUUGAGAAAGCGAAAGAACGUGACUAUGUUGAACAAAAAGUGAAAGGGCUUGAAAAGAUUCUGGAACCGAGGCACGAGGCUGCCGUGGAUUUGCCAUAG